AUGGGCAGUCCAACAGCAGCAACGAGCGGGCGGUCAUCUCCAUCAGCGAAUCACUAUGAUAUCGUCAUUGUAGGAGCUGGGCCGGUUGGGCUGAUGCUGUCGACGCUCCUCGCCAGAUGGGGCUACAAGAUCAAGCACAUUGACAACAGAGCCGAGCCUACACCCAGGGGCCGUGCAGAUGGCAUCCAGCCACGAUCCCUGGAUCUGCUCCAGAAUAUGGGCCUCAAGGCCCCAAUCAUGGCGAACAACCCAGCCAAGGUUUUUGAGGUGGCUUUCUGGGAGCCAUCCCCCGACGGUGGCGACGGCAUCGUCAAGACCGGCUCUUGGCCCAGCUGCCCGCCUUUUCUUGAGGCUCGAUAUCCCUUCACGACACUGCUCCACCAGGGCCUUAUUGAACGCGUUUUCAUCGAUGAUCUCGCCAAGCACGGCGUCGAAAUUCAGCGACCCUGGACCAUCACCGACUUCAAGACGAGUAACAAGCACCCGGACUACCCUGUCGAGGUCGAUCUUGACCGUGAUGAUGGACUCUUUCAGCAGAAGCUCUACGCCAAAUACCUCUUCAGUGGCGAGGGUGCUCGUUCUAACAUCAGGCAGGCGCUGGGCAUCCAGGUCACGUACAAGGACCCCAUUUCCUACGUGUGGGCCGUUAUGGACGGUGUAGUCCAAACGGACUUUCCUAGCAUCAAGAUGAAAUGCACGAUACACUCCAAACAUGGAUCCAUCAUGGUCAUCCCCCGCGAGAACAGCAUGGUCCGGCUGUACAUUCGGAUAGCAUCGUCGAGCGAUCCAGACUUCAACCCCCGAAAGACGGCGACGGAGGAGGAAGUACAGGCGACCGCCAAGAAGAUCCUCAGCCCUUACAAAAUCACUUGGGAGAACGUGGACUGGUUCUCGAUCUAUCCGAUUGGUCAAGGUAUUGCCACCAACUACACACUCGACCAGCGGGUUUUCCUGGGUGGAGACGCGUGCCACACUCACAGCCCGAAAGCAGGGCAGGGCAUGAAUACGGCGUUCCUGGACGCACAGAACCUCGCCUGGAAAAUACACGCUGUCGAGUCUGGGUUUGCCUCGCGUGAGAUCCUCAAGACGUACGAAACGGAACGCAAAGCUGUCGCCGAGGAGCUACUCGCUUUCGACAACAAGUAUGCGCAGCUUUUCUCGCAGCAGGCCCCUCCCAAGUCGGCGCAAGAGCAUGAUACCUCGACGAUUCACGUCAACGAGUUUGUGGACACGUUCAAGAAGGCGUGUGCAUUCACUAGUGGUUACGGGGUGAAGUACGGCCCCAGCGACAUUUGCUGGUCUGUUGCACAUAAUGCCCAGUCUAAUCUCAUUUGCCCGGAAGAUGUUAAGGUCACUCCCGGUAGGCUCAUGGUGACGGCAGACGUAACACGCGUGGCCGAUGCCAACGUCGUCGCCCUGGAGCAGGAGGUGCCCGAGAACGGCGCGUUCCGUUUGUACAUCUUCGCGGGCACCCCAAGCCAGUCGAAGCUCGCCGCCCUGAGGGAUUUUGCUAAGUACAGCAGCACUUCAGGGUCGUACUUGGGCGCGUAUGCUCGGCCUGACGCGGAUGGCGAAGUGUCGUACCACGAGACGCACAACCCCCACAGCCAUCACUUCACUCUUUCCACCAUCUUCGCCGCCAAGCACGAGGAGCUUGACAUGACCACUCUCACGCUGCCACCCCUUCUUACUCGGUACCGCGACCACAUAUAUGCGGACGAUGUCACAGACCGGCGGCUGUCGCAAGGCGUGGCCGCUGCGCAUUCCAAGGUUGGAGUUAACCUAGACCAGGGACUUGUCCUAGUGGUACGGCCGGACGGGUACAUCGGCAUCUCGGUCCUGUUGGUCGAGGGUACCGGCACUGUGGAGGCACUGAACAAGUAUUUUAACUCAUUCUGUACGAAGACACUGUCUCUGGCCACGUCAGAGUAA